AUAAAAAGAACGGUGACCCAGUGAUGAGCAUCAGUUCACCCAACUGCACUCACACACCUCUACCAAAAUGUUCAAGCUUCUGUUCGUGACCGCCUGCGUGGUGCUUGCCGCCUCCGCCGCCCCCGAGCCCAAGCCCGGCGUUGUGGCCGCCGCCUACACCGUGCCGGCCGCCGUGCCCCUGGCCACCAGCUCGCAGUACAUCGCUCGCAACUACAACGGCCUCGUCUACUCUGCCCCCCUGGUCGCUUCCGCCCCCGUGGUCGCCUCCGCCCGCUACGUCGCUAGCCCCUUCAGCCCCUACGCUUACUCUGCGCCCUACGUCGCAGCCGCCCCCGCUGUCCACUACGUCUGAGCUUAUCAACUGAACUCUUUGGCUUGCAGAGAAAAAUUGUGCAAUGUCUCCUGCUCCUGUGAAUAAGAUGUAAAAAUUUAAAUUAAACGCUGCAAAUGAAAAUUGAA